UAAAGUUGUACCAUAACGUAAAAUGUAUAUGUUUGGGUUGUACCAUAAAGGAAUUUGUACUCUUAUGUUAUGGUACAACUUCACAACUUUAAGUUGUAUCAUCACAUAAAUGUACAAGUUCAAGUUGUUCCACAAAAGAAUUUGUAAAAUAGUGUAGGUACAAGCUGAAGUUAUACCAUAACAUUAAAAGUACAACUUGAAGUUGUACCAUAAAAACAAAAACCUAUAGCACCAAUGCUAUGUAAAAUUUCUCCAAAAUUGAAGCUUACAUCUCGUAUUUGAUUCAUAAUAAUGCAACCACCUUUGGCCAAAAAAUAAUAAUAAUGCCACCUACUCCACUCCUCUCCACUCCGCUCCACACCACACCACGCAACAGUUUCAAUGAUUUUUAGUACCCACACGCAUUUCAUAAUUAAUAAUUUCCAGCCAUCCAAAUUACUUUUCAACUCAUUUUUCAGGCUCUUAAAUAACAUAUAAAGGUCAUAUACAUUUACAAUGAGAUCAUCAGCCUACUUGACAAUCUCUCUGGCCAAAGUCUUGUUCUGGUAGACGAUAUAUAUAUAUAAUUAUUAUUACCAACGAUUUGUUCUGACUUUUUUUUUUCGGGUUUAUGGAAGUUUGCUAUGCCAUUAAAUUGUCUUAUGUUUAAGAUUUCGCUAGAUAAUUGCCUAGGAUGACAAUUUGAAUUUCUUUCUGUUGGGGUAUUAUCCGAUUUAAUUAGCGAUAGAGUGGGUAUUACCUUAAUUACAGUAGCAUGGGAGAGGCAUGUGUAUGUACUUUCGACUCGUCAUUCCCGUCACAUCCCAUUAUUGGCCCAUUCAAUUACCAUUUUUUGUUGGGACUUUUGGGACGAGGGUACACGCACGCUAGCCCGAGAUUGGGUGUCCAGAAUUGUGAUAGAGUCGUGAACUACAUUCACUGUCCGAAAAUAUAUUUUCACCCUCUACAAAGCCUUGGGUUACAGGAAAUUUCUCCCGAGGAUAAAACUAUCACUACUUUAGGUUCUAGACUCAAGAACCCUAAAGCAUACUUAGAAAUUUUGGGAAGAACGAAGAAGAAUCUGUUUGAUGGUAUGUGGCAUCAUCCACCUCACUCACAAAUUUAUAGGGGUCGAAUCCAUGCAUUUUUUCAUGAAAAGUUGCAAUAUUUAUUCAUAUUUCUCCUAUUUUGUAUUUUUUCACCUAGUUAGACUUAAUAUUUCAACUAUUUAGACACGAUUACUCAUUAUAUAAUCACUAUUUUUUUUUGUAUAUAAAGUGUUUCCCCUUCGUUUUAUCGUACAAAGUCAAAUUUUGUGUGUAUAUUUUCAAAUAACAUAUAAGAGUGGGUAGACUCACCCCGUCCCAACCCGAGUGUGUAUGGGGUAUUGAGAUACCCAACCCGCCCCACCCGUUUGCCAUCAUUACCCACAUGUCAAUAUAUUAAUAUUAGAUCAACAAUAUUUGGUAUACGUUAGCCCGUAACUAGGGUUGCUAGUUCGGUUUAAACCAAACCCAAAUCGAUAAGAGGGUUUAUCGGGUUUUGGUUUCGGUCCCAAAUUGUUUUGUACUUAUCGGUUUUGGUUUGGAAAAAAUUGAAAAAUCGACAAAAAAAAAAUUAUAACUCACAUACAAAACCCUAUGAUGAUGUGGAGCCUCGUUGGGGAUGGUGAUUCAAAUUCGAACCGAUGUGGGCAAAGCAUGGACAAUGUGAAGCAGUAAUAGCAGCAGCCUGGAGCGAAGGGGGAGGAGCAGAUGUGAUGGUGAAACUGAAUAAUUGCAAGGAGAAGUUGGGGCUAUGGAGCCUAAGCACAUUCCCGAAUUUUUCCAAGCAGAAGGAACGGAUAAACAAAGCUAUGCGAGCCCUUGAGAGAGCGCCAAAGUCUGAUACUAAUCUGCUUGAGAGUACAAAAAUGGCGGAGGAGCUAGAGGAGCUUGAAGAAAGAGAAGAGGAUUAUUGGAAACAGAGAUCUCGGGCUGAUUGGUUGAGCGUUGGAGAUAAGAACACGCAAUUCUUCCAUAAAAAAAGCCUAGGCAAGAAGGAAGAGGAACACCAUUCAGCCAACUGUAACUAUACUGAUUCUGAAGAAUCUUUUUGAAUUUCUAUAAGUGAAGGCUAAACUUUGUCAAUCUAUUCAUCCCACCAUUUUUUUUAAACUUAUUCAUCCCACCAUUUAACCUUCUUCAUUUUCUCAACUUCAUAUUUCUCUUGACACACCUAAUUUUUUUGUUUUUUUUGCAUCGUGAGUUCUCCUAGUAGAAAAGCUUAUGAGAGACAGCAGGAAGUUGAUGAUAGGCUAUGGGAGUAUGAGUGUCAGUUUGACCGUGAUCGUCAACAGAUGAUGGCGAUGACAACAACUUCAUGUUCCAAGAGCAAGUAUCCUCAUCUCGACAACAUUCAGAUAAAGUUGUGAGGCGUAA